AAUUCAUAUAAACGUUUUGGUAAAACGUGGCCAAAUAUGGACGGCAGCAAGAAAGUGUUGCACAGUAGUUAGAACUUCGAAGAUAUCCCGUCGGAAUCGAAUUAGAAUUGUUGACUUCCUCGCGGCUGCAUCUCUGUACAAUCCUCUCCCUCUAAACCACACCAGCCAUGGCAGGUAUCAACUCCAUAAUCACCUCCUCGACAAUAGCCAAACCUAUUACAACAUCCUACAAAUCUAACACAACCCCUCAUGUUCUUGUCUCUGCAUCACUCUUCACCAAAUCCAGCCCACCCAAUAACCCAAUUCGAAAGAGGAAAAAUUGGGUCAUUGGAUCGGUCAUUAAGGACAAAGAAGUGGUUACGGUAAAGGAUGAGCUUGCAAAGGGGUCUGUUGCGCCAUAUGGGUCCGAAGAUUUCAAGGCUCUUUCCUCAUCCUCGUCUUCUCCUUCUUCAGGAUCGAGUGAUGAGAGAGAAGAAAUUGAAUCUAAAGAUAGGCUGAUUAGCAGAGCAAUCAAUGCUACUAUUGUUUUGGGCUUUGGAACUCUUGCAGUGACGAGGUUGCUCACCAUCGAUUAUGAUUACUGGCAUGGAUGGACUGUUUAUGAAGUACUAAGGUAUGCUCCAGAACACAAUUGGAGUGCAUAUGAGCAAGCUCUCAAAGACAACCCAGUUUUGGCCAAAAUGGCAAUAAGUGGGAUUGUCUACUCUCUGGGAGAUUGGAUUGCUCAAUGUUAUGAAGGAAAACCUCUUUUUGAGUUUGAUCGGACACGCGUGCUCAGAUCUGGUCUUGUUGGGUUUACCCUCCACGGAUCUCUUUCUCAUUAUUACUAUCAAUUCUGCGAGGCACUAUUUCCUUUCCAAGAUUGGUGGGUGGUUCCUGCCAAAGUCGCCUUUGACCAAACAGUUUGGUCAGCAGUUUGGAAUAGCAUCUACUUUGUAGUUUUGGGGUUCUUGCGCCUGGAAUCACCAGCCAAUAUAUUUAGUGAGCUCAAAGCGACAUUUUGGCCAAUGCUGACUGCAGGGUGGAAGCUUUGGCCAUUUGCUCACUUAAUUACAUAUGGUGUAAUCCCCAUUGAGCAGAGACUUCUUUGGGUGGAUUGUGUGGAGCUCAUAUGGGUUACCAUACUCUCGACUUAUUCGAAUGAGAAAUCUGAAUCGCAAAUGGCUGAGGGAGCACUGGACACAAACUCCAUCUCUUCAUCCAGCAGCACUCCUGAGGAAUAACUUGUAGGCACCAUGAUCACAAGUGAAGGGGAUGUGCAUGAACUGGUUGGAAUGGAGAUGAGGCCUGAAGUUACAGGAAUUCGAGUGGAGUUCUUGUCUACUCACCAUACGUUGAGAUACACAAGGGUUUACUUCAAACUUUAGUUAAUUAUUCUAAUUACUGUACAUAUAAACAUUGAACUUGGUCGAUAAGGCUGUCUGUAACAGUGCAAGUAUAUAUUUCAAGCAGAGCAGUUUAGUCUUCUUAAUCGGAAUCAACUAGAAUAGAUGUUGCAUAAA